UCUGGUCUUCUGCUAUAAAGGAUUUCGAUAAGGUAUUCCUCUUUUUUUUUAGUAAUGGGGGUAUCUCCUGAUGAUUUGAAUGAUGGCUUUGAAGCUGUGAUUGUGAAAUCCAUCAGUUUCGACAACAUGAGCACAGCACUGCGAUCCGUUAGUUUCAAUGGUGGAGAUUCUGACCCCAAAAUACAGAAAUCCCUUGGCUCCGGAAGGAUGGUCUUAGAAGGAUCAGUUGGCAUUAAAACAUCACCAAUGGAAACUACGAUCUCAAUAAAGGCACCUUCAUCCAAUAACGAAAAUAAAGUUUUCCCUCAACCGGUCGGCUUUAAGAGCAGAGGGAUCACUGACCCAUUACCAGCAAGGGAUACUGAGAAGAUUCCCAGCUCACCCUUGUUGGAUUCAGGCAGCCCCAAGCAUGAAGCGGCAGUGAAGUUGCAGAAAGUGUAUAAAAGCUUCCGAACCAGAAGAAAGCUCGCAGACUGUGCGGUUCUUGUCGAGCAACAAUGGUGGAAGUUGUUAGAUUUCGCCGAGCUGAAGCGAAGUUCUAUUUCUUUCUUUGAAAUCGAGAAACAUGAGACUGCCAUUUCCCGGUGGUCAAGAGCUAGAACCCGAGCUGCCAAGGUGGGGAAAGGUUUAUCCAAGGAUAACAAGGCUCAGAAGCUUGCUCUACAGCAUUGGCUUGAGGCAAUUGAUCCAAGGCAUCGGUAUGGACACAAUCUUCAUUUCUAUUAUGUUAGAUGGCUUCAUUGUGAGAGUAGAGAACCCUUCUUCUACUGGCUUGAUAUAGGGGAAGGGAAGGAGGUCAGCGUCGAUAAAUGCCCUCGAUCAAAGCUUCAACAACAAUGCAUCAAGUAUCUUGGCCCGGCUGAAAGAGAAGCUUAUGAGGUAGUAGUGGAGAAUGGAAGGUUCUAUUAUAAGCAGACUGGAAAGCUCCUUGACACUACUGAAGGACCCAAAGAUUCUAAAUGGAUCUUUGUCCUUAGCACUUCCAAGGCCGUAUAUGUUGGCCAGAAGAAAAAAGGCAAGUUUCAGCAUUCAAGUUUCUUGGCUGGAGGAGCCACUUCUGCUGCAGGGAGAUUGGUUGUAGAGAAUGGUAUACUUAAGGCUGUCUGGCCUCACAGUGGGCAUUAUCGACCAACAGAAGAAAAUUUUCAGGAAUUUGUAGCAUUUCUUACGGAGCAUAAUGUGGAUCUCUCUGAUGUGAAGAAAUGUCCAAGUGAUGAUGAAGAAGAAACUUCGAACAAACAUAUCGGUAGAGGUUUCAGAAGCUACGCAUCCGAGGAGGACUUGACCCAUGGGGAUACUUACUCGGAGACAGAUUCAAUGGACCAAGAUCCAAAAAGUGCAACAGAACCUGCAGAAUCAAAGCAUUUUCAUCUCUUGCAUACAAAAUUGACCAACCUUGAAAUACCCAAAAGGAAUGGUCCAUCUAUUGUCACAAGUAACAACAAUUUCCCGGCAGAAUCUUCAACGGAUGGAAAUGAAACAGCAGAAGAAUCAGGAGAGAUAGAACAUGAUUACAUGGUUUCUAAGCGGAACUUAUUCGAGGAAGACCACGAAGAAAGUGAAGAAGAAAUUUGUCCCAAAGAAUUAAUCCUCCAGAGAAUUAAUUCACAUAAAGAAAUGAAAUCAUAUCAAUUGGGGAAGCAAUUAUCUUGCAAAUGGACAACAGGAGCUGGUCCCCGUAUUGGCUGUGUGAGGGAUUAUCCAUCCGGGCUUCAAUCACGUGUUUUGGAGCGAGUGAACUUGUCUCCCAGAAGUGCUAGAGCUAACUACUCUCCUAAGAAUUCAAUAGAAUUGAGCCCAAAGCUGUUAACGCCAACCACAUUGUGCAGAAAAACAACAGCAACCUCAAGAUCUGAUGGCAGAUAAGGGAGAAUCCCUGACAUAUUCUUUUGUGU